GAGCGUGGGCAGUGUGUGAUCACGUGCUCCACGGGUCUCUGUGCAGCUAGCUGCCCGGCUAUUACCCUGGCAAGCGACGUCCGCUUCUCUGAUUAAAUAUAGGAAGAUUAAACAACCUGGUGGCUUUAUCUCACCCGCGAGCGUGGUUUAAUGUGACGUGAGUCUGUUCUGGUGUGUAAAUAAUCGUCAUUUCCGGUUAUAAUGUCGGCAGUGCAGCGGAUGAAAGUGGCGAACGUGAAACACAGCAAAACCAUUACACAGCGCGGGCACGUGCAAAAGACCGCGCGGGUGCAGGGAGAGGAGAAAUCUCCGGUGGGACCAUGGCUCCUCGCUCUGUUUGUUUUUGUGGUGUGUGGCUCGGCUAUAUUCCAGAUCAUACAGAGUAUCAGACAGGGGAUGUAGGAUGUUUAUGAUUGGUGUUUGGGUGACGUUCAAAAUGAAGCUCCGCCCACUGAAUCCUGAUGACCAAUCACCUCCUCCUGUGUAGAGUUACAGUGGAGCUGUUCUUUCACUGACUUACACUGACUGUGUGUGUGUGUGUGUGUGUGUGUGUGUGUGUGUGUGUGUGGUGUUAUGCAAUGAUUUUAUACCAGCAAAUAAACUAUUUUCUCUACA